AAGUCGAAGAAGAGCCACCAAAGCCGCAUUUAAAAAUUUGAAGCUUGCUUUUCUUCAUUCAAAAUCCUCGCAAAUAGAGAAAAGAAUUUGAGCUGCACUUCCUCAAACGGACCAAUCGCACAAUAAAUCAGCAAGCAUAAGUUAACAAGAGCAAUAAAUCAGCGAAACUCAAAGGCGCGACUAGUGGGCGGCAGUGCACUGAAAGCAAAAAACGCAACCCAGGGAAACCAUCUUUACUUUUCUCCAACACACACCCGUAAAAGCAACUUCCGGACUACAAAAUGACUCGUGGCAAUCAGCGUGAACUGGCCCGGGAGCGUAACGCGAAGAAGCAGGGCGGCAACAAGGCGAAGAAGGAAGACGGAUUGACACACGAGCAGCGCAAACAACGUGACGCCGACAUCAUGCGACAAAAGCAGGAGAAGAAAAAGGAGCUGGAGAAGGCGACGGGCCAGGCCAAGAGUUAAUGUCCACCCUCGGACCCAGUUCCCGCGUGUGUGUCAUGAAGUCCAAACUGAACGAUCCCCCGCCCUCCUUCCCUACUCCCAUAGAUUGUCAUCCCUCGCUCUCGCCGCCGCCCUUCGGCUCCUAGCUCUAGCGUAGUAAAUUAUUAUGCAGGUUUUACAACACACACACUUUUAACGGAUAACACAAAUAAGAAUUCGCGCAUAAAAAUGCUGAUCGACCUUUCCCCGCGCCACUGUGCACACAAAUGUAAUUUAUUAUUACCUUUUUCUUCAACUGAAUCACUAGACUAAUGUUUUUUUUUAUCUCACACGAAGCCACCUUUUUUGUAACGAUCAACAAAUGCUUUUUUUGAUGUAGGACUUUAGUUUGUAAGUCGCGUUACGUUUCAAUUCUCUCGAUUCAAUGUGGACACCGAAUUCUUAUCAAAAGCCGUCAGCAGCAGCCCUCUUCUUUUUUUGAGUAUUGAACAGCAAUGUGUAACAAUUAAUCGAAACAAUAUAUACGAUAACAAGAAAUGAACAACAACACACACACACUCAGAUCUUAAACUGCAGGUAUAUUAAACGGUUAAAAUCUAGCGCAGAAAUAAUAAUCAAUUUCAAAGAAACAAUAAAUAAACGGGGUUUGAUUUACAGACGUAGGGAAUUGGAACGGGGUGAAAA